AUGGACUCGCUGAGACAUUUGAGCAAAGGCUGGGCUCAGAAACACCCGGAGCCUGUGCCCGCGCUGGAGCAGGGGGAAGCACCGGGAGAGAGGGGAGACAGGCGGAGUCUUUGUGAAAGUGGUGAAAAGUACAUCCCACCUCAUGUGAGGCGAGCUGAGGAGACAGUGGACUUCAAGAAAAAGGAAGAACUAGAAAGGCUGAAGAAACAUGUAAAAGGUUUACUUAACAGGCUGAGUGAACCCAACAUGGCUUCCAUCAGUGGGCAGCUGGAGGAGCUGUACAUGGCCCACAGCAGGAAGGACAUGAAUGACACCCUGACCUCCGCCCUCAUGGGUGCCUGCGUCACCGCCUCCGCCAUGCCCAGCAGACUGAUGAUGGAGCAUGUUCUCUUGGUCGGCGUCCUUCACCACACCGUUGGAAUCGAGGUUGGUGCCCACUUUCUGGAGGCGGUGGUGAGGAAGUUCGAUGCCAUCUAUAAACAUGGAAGCGAAGGGAAAGAGUGUGACAACCUGUUCACCAUCCUCGCCCAUUUAUACAACUUCCACGUGGUUCAGUCUCUCCUCAUCUUCGACAUUUUGAAAAAACUGAUUGGAACUUUCACCGAAAAAGAUAUUGAACUGAUCUUGUUAAUGCUGAAAAACGUGGGUUUUUCACUGAGAAAAGAUGAUGCUUUAUCACUUAAGGAACUGAUCACUGAAGCCCAGACUAGAGCCAGCAGGGCAAGCAGCGAGUUUCAGGACCAGACCAGGAUUCGGUUCAUGCUAGAGACGAUGUUGGCCCUGAAGAACAAUGACAUGCGCAAAAUUCCAGGCUAUGACCCCGAGCCUGUGGAGAAGCUGAGGAAACUGCAGAGAGCUUUGGUCCGCAGCGCCGGCUCAGGUUCUGAGACUCAGCUUCGCGUCUCCUGGGACAGCAUCUUGAAUGCGGAGCAGACGGGUCGCUGGUGGAUUGUGGGGUCUGCCUGGAGUGGGGCCCCGAUGAUCGACAACAGUCACCAUACACACCUGCAGAAGCAGCUUGCGGGGACGGUCAGCUCAAAGAUCCUAGAACUCGCCCGGAAGCAGAGGAUGAACACAGACAUCCGGAGAAACAUAUUCUGCACAAUAAUGACAAGUGAAGAUUUUUUGGAUGCUUUUGAAAAGCUUCUGAAGCUUGGACUUAAGGAUCAGCAGGAGAGAGAAAUCAUUCACGUUCUCAUGGAUUGCUGCCUUCAGGAGAAAACCUACAAUCCCUUCUAUGCUUUCCUGGCUAGCAAAUUCUGUGAAUAUGAAAGGAGAUUUCAGAUGACUUUCCAGUUCAGCAUAUGGGACAAAUUUCGGGACUUGGAAAACUUGCCAGCUACGAAUUUCUCUAAUUUGGUUCAUCUGGUGGCCCACUUGUUGAAGACAAAAUCUCUUUCCCUUUCCAUCUUAAAGGUAGUUGAAUUCAGUGAAUUGGACAAACCCAGAGUCCACUUUUUACGAAAAGUAUUAAGUAUCCUAUUAAUGGAAACAGAAAUUGAAGACCUCAGUUUAAUUUUCACAAGAGUAUCUGACAACCCAAAGCUGGGGAUGUUACGUGAGGGUUUGAAGCUUUUCAUCAGCCACUUCUUGCUAAAGAACGCACAGGCCCACAAAAGCGCCGACGAAGCCAACAUGCUGCGAGAGAGGGCUGACCUUGUGACAAAGUGUCUGCACGGAAGAGCUUCCCUGAGAAUGUAGUCAGGGAAAGAAGGAAGGCAGGUGGCCCUUUGACUAUAAUGUCCUUUGUAAACCCAAAGCUUUAUUCUGUUGCCUGCGUGUGAACGUUUGGUAGAGCUAUAUCAUUGUCUAUUAUUGUAUUAUAUUUUGAGAUAAUUUUUGAUCUAAGGUUUUAUUGUUUGUAUUUCAAGCCGUUUUCAAAUAACUGUAUCUUGGGGGUGAGAGGAGAAGGAGGGAGGGAAAAGGGGGUUCAGGCACACUGGACAGGGUUCUCUAAGCAGUGAGGCUGGUAUGUGUGAUUGUCUUAAAAUUGUUUAAUAGGUAUGGCCGAGCAUGACGGCUCACGCCUGUAAUCCCAGCACUUCGCGAGGCCAGGGCGGGUGGAUCACUUGAGGCCAGGAAUUUGAAACCAGCCUGGGCAAAACCCUGUCUCUACUAAAAAUACAAAAAUUAGCCAGGCAUGAUGGGACAUGCUGGUGAUACAGUUACUGAGGUGGCUGAGGCACAAGAAUUGCUUGAAUCCUGGAGGUAGAGGCUGCAGUGAGCCAAGAUUGUACCACUGUACUCCAGCCUGGGCUGGACAAUGAGACUGUCAAAAAAAAAAAUUAAUAGGUAAAAUAGGCCACUAGAGGGUGCAGUUAUGAAGAACUUGAUGAGGUUUUUAGCUUUUUAAAAUAAUUGGUUAAAAGUUCAAAAACCAUCAGUUAAAUGUGAUUCUUCUUUUAAGACGGAGUCUUGCUCUGUCACCCAGGCUGGAGUGAAGGUUGCAGUGAGCUGAGAUUGUGCCACUGCACUCCAGCCUGGGUGACAAAGUGAGACUCUG